AUGAGUAACUGGUUAGGAUUUUCUCUUACUCCACACUUUGGUCAAGAAUUUGCUACAGAAAACCAAAACCAAAACCAUGGAGAAGGUUCAGAAACUGGAAGAAACUAUGUCCCUUCUUCUCCUCAUCCUCAUCCUCAUCAACACCUUUCUGUUAUGCCUCUACGAUCUGAUGGUUCACUUUGUGUUUCUGAUUCCUUUACACCUCAAGAAUGGAGAUAUGAGAAUGGAAUAACUGGUGGAAAUUCAAAUGAAGAUGGACCAAAACUUGAAGAUUUUUUGGGAUGUUACUCAAACCAAAACCAGAAUAGUACUAAUAUUUCCAAAAUCAAUGUUAAUGUUUCACCAAGUUUUUGCACCAACAAUAACACAGAGAUUGAAACAGUAGAGAAUCAUACUCAUAAUCAUCAUACUCAUAAUCAUCAUAAUCAUAAUCCUCAUAAUCACAAUCAUCUAUCAAACCAAUCUUUGAUUCACUCUUUCCAUCAUGCAUAUACCGAUAACAACAACAAUCAUCAUGCUUUAAUCAACAAUAGUACUAUGUACAAGUCAUGGAUGACUCAGUCUCAGUUUUCUGAGGGGAAAAGUUCCAAUGAUGGAAAUUGUAGCUUUCAAUCUCUUAACUUAACUAUGAGUCCAAGUGUUUCAAAUGGUGUUAGUGUUGGUGUUGGUGUUGGUGUUGGUGGUGCAAUUUCUAAUGUUCAGAUGAAUGAAGAUCCUAGGAAAAGGUCUUUGUCAAAAUCUGGUUCUGCUAGAGAACCUGUCCCUCGCAAAUCUAUUGAUACUUUUGGACAAAGAACUUCUCAAUACCGUGGUGUUACAAGGCAUAGAUGGACUGGGAGAUAUGAGGCACAUUUGUGGGAUAAUAGUUGCAGAAAAGAAGGACAAACAAGGAAAGGAAGACAAGGUGGUUAUGAUAAGGAAGAAAAAGCAGCAAAAGCUUAUGAUUUAGCUGCACUCAAGUAUUGGGGUCCAACAACUCACAUAAAUUUCCCUUUAAGCACUUAUGAAAAGGAACUUGAAGAAAUGAAGAACAUGACUAGACAAGAAUUUGUGGCCAAUUUAAGAAGGAAGAGCAGUGGAUUCUCAAGAGGUGCUUCUGUGUAUAGAGGUGUGACAAGACACCAUCAACAUGGAAGAUGGCAGGCUCGAAUCGGAAGGGUUGCGGGAAACAAAGACUUGUAUCUUGGUACAUUUAGCACACAAGAGGAGGCUGCAGAAGCAUAUGAUAUUGCAGCAAUCAAGUUUAGAGGAACAAGUGCUGUGACCAACUUUGACAUCAGUAGGUAUGAUGUCAAGAGAAUUUGCUCAAGCUCAACUCUAAUCGCGGGAGAUCUCGCGAAACGGUCACCUAAGGAAUCCGCGCCUCCUGCUGCAACCACUGUCGAGGACUUCAAUUCGUGCGGGAGUACAUCGACACAUUCUCAGCCGCCUCCUCUAGCUAUUACCGACCGCGAACAGCAGCAUUCUGAUGAAUUGUCCAACAUGGUGUGGAAUUCAAACAAGGAUGAACAACCACCGCAGAACGAGUGCGGAAACAACACUAACGUUGUCGUCGCUGAAUCGUCGCAGCUCGGUGACGGUUCGCCAAGCAACAAGAAUGAGAUGAACAAAUUACCUAAUGAGUUUGGAGGGAGUGGAGCAGAUUAUGGACAUGGUUACUUCACACUGCAAGGACCAAAGUUUGAUGAUGGAAACAAUGAAAAUAGGCUUGGGAAUUUGGGUUUGGUUAAUCAAGUUCCUAUGUUUGCUUUGUGGAAUGAAUGA